UUGUAGUAUAUUUUUAGUUCAAAACAAUUAAUCCAAUUGAAUACAUAUAGUCCCAAAAAGAAAACAAAACAUGAAGAAACACUUUAGCUAUGGUAUUGUUUAUGCAAUAGUGGUUGUAGCAAUAGUGUUUUUGGGGGAGGAGACUUACAUGGCAAAGGCAUUGACAUGCACCCCUGUGGAGUUCAGUCCUUGUUUAGGAUCAAUCACAACUUCUUCUCCACCAACAAGUGCUUGUUGCCAGAAGUUAAGAGAGCAGAGACCAUGCCUUUGUGGUUACCUCAAAAAUCCAAGCCUCAAGAAGUAUAUUUACUCUCCUGGUGCUAGAAGGGUUGCUAGCUCUUGUGGGGUUCCCUUCCCAACUUGUUAGCUAUCAAUCAUAUUUCAUUUGAAUUUCGAUUCUCUACAAUAGGUGUAGCAACUACAAAGUCUUUGAAUCAAGAAUUAGUAAGUAUAAUUAAAUCUAAGUCUUGAUCCUCCACAAUGUUGUUGCUGCACCAUAUCACAACUUUUUAGUGGGUAAAAUAAACCAUUUGCAAAACUUUCCAUCUCCAACAAGUCGGCCCUAAUUUUCUCUCUAGGUUUUCUCUUCCCGUUUCUUCAUUGGGGGGUGGUUUUGGGUUAAUUCUUGACCUAAAAUCACCCGUCUUCAUCUUUUUCUCUCUAUUUCAAUCUAAAUAAGUGACUUUCACAUAGAUCUAGAUUUUUUCUUUGUGAUUUCAUCAUCUAAGUGUGGUGGUUUGUUGUUCGUCGUCUUGUGCAGCGUUGUUUGUUUUCCCAUCUUCUUGCGGUAUUCAUUUUAUUCCAAUUGAAAAAUCGAUUAUUCAAUCAAAGAUUUGGACGUCAACAUUGCAGAUCCGGAGGCCAUGGAUAUUCCGGUGACUUUAAUUUUUUUCAUAUAUUUUUGUAGGCAUUAUGCCCUUAUAUGCUAU